AUGACCUCAGUUAUCGGAUAUACUACUGCCCUCCUUCAUGUUCUUCCUACUCUACCCUAUAGUCUUACAGUUGACCCAAAUACUUCCCUGUGCUACAGUUACCGUAGGUAUUAUCCAGCCCCGAAAUCAUCUUCCCCUACAACCCGGCCACAAAGUCACAAUGAAGUAUACCCGUUUGCCAAGCGCAAAACAUGUAUACUUCGCCGUGGCUUCGUGGAUGAGACGAAGAGAAGAGACGUGCCAAGCGAAGCUCUGGGGAAGAAAAGAAAAGAGAGAUCGAAACUCGAGGGUGCUUGGCUCCAAGACUUCGCAUUCCUUGCCCGCUUUCAGACGGUAGUCCGUAGUCACAAAUUCUCAAAGGCUAAUCGAGUGUCUGACAAUUUUCAGGGCAGGCAAAUUGUUGCCUUGCUAAGGUGGAUUCACUUGCCACCAACAAGCUUCUGUACAGAAAGCAUGGAUGAAGCUCAUGCAAACGUGCCAAGCACAUACAUGCACUGCGGGUGGGAGGACUGCAAGUUAUUCAUCCGCCAAGUCAAAAUAUCAGCUGUUUGCGUCCAGGCACACGCGUACAUUCCCGUUCCAAUCAUCGUAGACCUAUCUUCAUAUCCUUGA